GACAGACAUCGAUAGUCACCAUGAACAUCGAUACAUCGAUGUUUCUCGUCUUUUGAGCACUGCCGCGUCUAUAUUGGUGUAUAUCCCCUAUUCGGUCACUCUGGCAACUAGAAAAUAACAAAAAAUAAAAAUGAGCGGUGCUAAGAAAGCCUUUGAAUUACAGCGCCAGGUGCGCCAAAAUGCACGAGAGUACGAGAGCUCUGUGAAAGACUUGUACUCGUGGGAGCAGGACAUCAAGAAGAAGGAGGAGGAGCUCAAGAAAUCGCCAGCCACUGUCGCCGCCAAGAACCUUCCUGUGCGUAGCCAUGUCCAGGACGCGACAACCAAGGCGGGAAAGGAGAGUCCGGGCAGCUCGGCGGCCAGCACGCCUACGGAGAAGCAGGAUCUACCCAUGGAUCCGGUGGCGCAGCAGCACAAGAAGGCCAAUGACAUCAAGGACCGUGGCAACAAUUACGUAAAGCUGGCGGAGUACGACAGAGCCAUUGAGGCGUACACAGAGGCCGUCAAUGUGUAUCCCCAUGAUCCCGUUUACUACAUAAACCGAGCUUUGUGCUACAUCAGACAGGAGCGCUAUGACAACUGCGUGGAGGAUUGCGAGGCGGCCAUUCAGCUGGACAAGCUUUGCGUGAAGGCCUACUACCGUCGAAUGCAAGCCAACGAGUCUCUUGGCAACAAUAUGGAAGCUCUCAAGGAUUGCACGACAGUGCUAGCCAUCGAACCGAAGAACAUAGAGGCCAAAAAGAGCCUGGCUCGCAUUAAUGACCGCCUACGCAAGAAUGCAACCAAAGGCGGUCCAAACUUCACUCCUGAUCGCCCUGACCUCAUUGACAUCUUGCCUCUCGAUAAGCCCGUCUUUAAGCGAUCCAAACAACCCAUGCGUCGUGUCCCGAUUGUCGAUAUAAUCUCUCCUCGAGCCGCCAGUGAGGAGACCAAGAACUUGCGCAUCUCAGAUGAGGAUAUUGACAAGAUCUUCAAUAGUAACUGCGGUUCAUUCGAGCAGGUGAAAAAUAAAGAAGUAAACCAGAAGGAAACACCACCCAGUGCCCCCGCAGAUGCUCACGCUGUUGAGAUUAUUAAGGAGAAAAAGAAGGACAUAAAUAUAAGUCCUCCCAAGGCAGCCUCAAAGAUUGAUGUGGCCAAGGAUGAAAAGAAGGAAAUUAAAAGUGCGCCAAAAGCAACGCCAGCUGUUGUCGAGACCCCCAAAAUUCAGAGCACUGUUGCCUCCCCGCCAAAGCCUGCCCGAACUCCCAGCGUAGAAUCCAAGGCGAUAAUAGUAGAGGAAACUCCACAGAAAACUGAAAAGAUUGAAAACGUUGCCAAGAAAAUUAAAGACUCACCGAGUCCCGUAGAGCGUUCAUUACCACCGCUACCUUCGGGAACAGCUCAGUUUCAUGUGACCUGGAAGGAACUGACUGCUUCACAGAAAUACCAGUAUUUGAAGUCCAUUGAGGUUGCUAAUCUGUGUAAGAUCCUGGGAGCCGGCUUCGAUUCUGCCAUAUUCACGGAACUGCUGCGCACCGUUCACGACUUCUACAUACCAAAUAAGGAGCCAACCACGGCCGCUGUCCUGCUUGAGGUCAGCAAAAACGAUGAAUUCACCAUUUUGGCCAAGCUCAUGUCAGCUGAGGAAAAGAAAGUGGUAACAUCUAUUUUAAGCGACAUCAAAAACUGGCCCAACCAGAACUCGGCGGUGCUGGAUAAGCUCCUAAAGGAGUAUCUCUAACGUGGUCUAAACUCUCUUAAUGUUUCAAGUUUAAAUGUACUUAUGUUGCUUCAAAUUGUUAGCUCAAAAAACCGAAAAAAUACAAAUAAUACAUGGAGGAUGUACAAGAUGUUAAACACAA